GGUAGAUAGAUAGAGAGAGCGUGUGUUUAUGUCUCAGUGUGUGACAAAUAAGAGGGAAAAGGUAGCGGUGGGGCUCCCAACAAAGCGCCCCACUGACUGACGCAUAUAGAGUGCAGAGAUCCGGAGAAGCAGUCCACUCCCAGGGAUGACAACACGGCAGAGGAUCUACUUUCAACCCACUCUGUCUUUAAACUGAAAGUUUUUGCGCGUCGCCGAAGGGAAGGACACCUGCUCUCAAGUCUCCACCGAGUGAAAGCGAUAACCUGCAACAUGCAGAGACCCGGCGGCCAAGGGACGGCGUUUUCUAUCGAUUCCCUGAUAGGGACCCCUCAGCCCAGACCGGGACACCUGCUCUACACGGGCUAUCCUAUGUUCAUGCCGUACAGACCUUUGGUUAUUCCACAAGCUUUAUCCCACUCGCCUUUAUCGUCUGGUAUACCUCCACUUGCGCCUUUGGCUUCUUUUGCGGGACGGCUCACCAACACCUUCUGUGCCAGUUUGGGACAGGGGGUGCCAUCCAUGGUCGCGCUCACCACGACGAUGCCAAGUUUCUCGGAUCCACCGGACAGUUUCUACCCGCCACAAGAACUCCCCGGCCCCCGUUUAAGCGCCGCCGAUCCCGGAGCGAGGAGACAGGAGAGUCCUCACUCCGAGGAGCUGCACAGCCGGGACAAGGGCUCCGAGCUGCUCAACUUCUCGGAAACUUUUCAAACAAUAUCAGGUGAGACCAAACUGUACAGUUCAGACGACGAGAAGCUGGACCUAAAGUCAGCAGACACGGUGUGCAGCGACCGAGAGGACAGCUCCGCAGACAGCGAGAACGAAAGUUUCUCGGACGGGAACAACUGUGGCUCCAUGUCCCAGAAGAGCAAACUAAAAACCGGCUCUCAGGAGGCGCUGCCGACCGGCGGCUCAGCGGGGAAGAGCCGCAGGAGACGAACAGCUUUUACCAGCGAGCAGCUGCUCGAACUUGAAAAGGAGUUUCACUGUAAAAAGUACCUUUCUCUGACUGAACGCUCCCAGAUUGCACAUGCACUUAAACUGAGCGAGGUGCAGGUGAAGAUCUGGUUUCAGAACCGCAGGGCCAAAUGGAAACGGAUCAAAGCCGGCAACGUCAACAACCGGUCAGGAGAACCGGUGCGAAAUCCCAAAAUUGUGGUCCCCAUCCCUGUGCACGUCAACAGGUUUGCUGUGAGGAGUCAGCAUCAACAAAUAGAGCAAGGGACCAGGCCAUGAACUCAGAUGAAAAACAAAAAUAUUAAUAAUAAUUAAAAAAAAAACGAACACUUACAUUGACUCUAUGUUCCACUGAUUUGUUGAACGCAUGAAGCACAAAAAGGAGGAUUCAGUAACUUUGUCUGAGAGGUGAGACCGAGCAGAGGAGAGGAUUUGCUCGCAGACAGACGAAUUAGUUGGCAAUAUGCUGUCAUUUUUAUUUAUUGUUCUGUGAAUAUGUAAAUAUAAAUGGGUAAAAAUUGGUACAAAUGGGCACUAUGAGAUGAGACUGUAAAGAUUUUUUUAAGUAUUUAUAUGUAGGGCCAAAAUGUUCUGUUGGUUAUGUGCAUGUCCUCAUUUGGUGAAACUAUUCAGAUUUUUCUUUCUUUGUUUGUUUCGUGUUUCGUACAAUUUGUUGAGCACAUUUGCAUGUAACUUAAGACGUUUUUACAUUUUGUUUGGCGACUGUAGGAUCCACCUCUGACAGCUAUUUGUGAAAAAAAAAUAAGAAAAGAUGUGAAGGAAAUAAUGACCAAACAAGGGACAACUGUAAAGUAUAUUGACCUAAUAAAUCGCUUUAUACGAAAGUUGGAAUCCAGAUUGAAUCAUUAUUACAGAGGGGAUAGAACAACAAUGUUUGGGUUUUUUUGUAUUUGUGAAAAAUAGGAAUUAUUUUAUCCUGUUAAAAUGAAAAAUGUGGCCUGCACUGUUUGAACAUAGCGACUCAUUUGGAACUGAUGGGAGACUAUAACAGCACAAACAGCAGUCAGAUGGCUGA